CGGCAGAAGAGCUUACUUUACAAGAAGCUUUGUUUUUCAGUUGCAAAAGAAGACGCUUAUCCACAAUGAAGAUUGCUCUGAUUCUGAUUGCUGCAGCUUGGAUGGUUUGUGCCACAGUGGAAGCUCAGGGUAAAGGAAAAGCCAGUGAUGGCGAAGGAAGUCACGACCUACCUUGUACGGCCGAAGAAGUUCAAAAAAUAGGCUGUGCGAAUGGGGGAACGUGUUUCGCCUUGGAACUUGGUCCUAGGAAACUAGGUUGUAUAUGUGCUGAUGGGUUUACAGGCCAAAGAUGCUUGCAUCGAAUAAUAGAGCGGGAUCUUCAGGAGACACAACCUGGAAAUUAACAGCCUUCCUUAGAGAUUAAAAAAAAUUCUUGAACAAAUCCGCAGAUUUAGCACUAGCGAGUUGAAAAGGAAUGUGAAAUUGUGAAAAAUUUGGGCCAAAACUGAAAUAAAUCUGAUAGCAUGGAAACUUA